AUGGAGGACGCGUGGCCGUCCAAUGGAUUGGCGCAUGAAGUUCGGAAAACGAAGAGAAAGUCAACAAGCCGCCGCUACGGCUGUGUCUUCAAGUGUCAUCGGCGCGAAGGUGUGGACGAGAACGUAAAGUUUUAUCGCUUCCCCAGCAAACCAUAUGAAAGGGACCGGCGGCGACGUUGGAUAAAUGCCGUGCGGCGCGUGAGCCCAGACAGAAAGGCUUGGGAGCCUACUGAAAAUACAAGAAUCUGCAGCCUACAUUUUGUUGGAAAUCAGAGCAGCAACAUCGAGAAGCAUCCUGGCUACAUCCCAACGCUAUUUCCAAGGGACUACCUCACGCAGGAACCCAAGGUUCCUCAAGACAGCCUUUCAAGAUUUAAACGGAGACACAGACAGAGCCCCUAG